AUGGAAGACCUCCUUGGCCUUCUAAGGAUUCACAUCAAGCGUGGCGUCAACCUCGCCGUUCGAGAUGUCAGUACCAGCGAUCCUUACGUCGUUGUUAAGAUGGGCAAGCAGAGACUCAAGACUCGUGUGAUUAAAAAGGAUGUUAAUCCUGAGUGGAAUGAAGACCUUACGCUUUCUGUCACGGAUCACCUUCACUCAAUCGUAUUGACUGUGUAUGACCACGACACUUUCACCAAAGAUGACAAAAUGGGUGAUGCAGAAUUAGACAUCUCACCAUACAUAGAGGCCUUAAAGAUGAAUUUAGAAGACCUCCCAACAGGUACUAUAAUUACAAGAAUACAACCAAGCAGGCAAAAUUGCCUAGCAGAAGAGAGCUGCAUCACUUUUAACGAUGGCAAAGUUGUGCAAGAUGUUGUCCUUAGAUUGCGACACGUGGAAUGUGGUGAAGUUGAAAUCCAAUUGGAAUGGAUUGAUCUUCCUGGCGCUAAGGGUAUGUGA